AUGACCGUACUAAGUGCAGCGAUAAGCACAAAGAGCAAAGUUUUGGUUUCUCGUCAGUUUCAGAACAUUAGCAAAUGUGACUUGGACUCGUUAACGAUCCCGUUUCACAAUUUAAUCGAGAGGGAAAGGAGUGACCAUACGUACAUAGAAACGGACAAAGUACGAUAUGUGUAUCAGCCGCUUGAUAGUAUUUACAUUUUUUUAAUAACAAAUAUCAAUUCUAACAUUAUAGAAGAUUUAGAAAUAAUAAAAGUGUUAAGUCAGAUUAUACAAGACAUAUGUCAGGGUAACAUAAAUGAAAACACCAUUUUAAAGAAAUGCUUUACCAUUAUAUUUUAUAUAGAUGAAUUAAUAAAAAAUGGGGUUAGAGAAAUAGUGAAUAGCAAUCAGAUAAAAACGUAUAUAGACAUGGAAUCACAUGAAGAAAAAUUACAAACCAUAAUAAGAGAGAAUAAAGAAAAAGAAGAAAAGGAAAGAAGGAAAUUUAUUGCAUCGAAAUUAGAAAAAAAUAGACAAAAACAACAAAAUAAAGCUAACAGUAAUAGUUUUCUUUCCAAUGAUAUUAUUACAAAUAUCGAUUAUAACACAAAUGUGAUUGACAAUUUCUUAUACAAAACAGAAGAAACAAAUGAUAUCACGAUUGAAGAAAAUUUUAAUUCUUAUGGAGGUAUGAAACUCGUGGGUAAAAAGGAACAAGUCAAAAUAUUGGACGUAGUGGAUAGUAAUAAAAUAUUAAAUAAACCAACUAUAAAUGUAAAUUCGCUCUUUGAUAAGCCCAUUAAUAUAGUAAUAAAUGAAAAUGUUAUUUGUACACUAAGUUCAGAAGGAACUAUAUGUGACCUAGAUAUUCAAGGAACUUUCAACAUGCAAAUAAAUAACCACAAAUAUUCCAAAGUUAUAGUAGAAUUAGAUAAUGAAUAUUCAGAUAAGGCAAAAAUUCAUCCCAUAUUGGAUAAAAAUAAAUAUAAUUCAAAUACAUUAGAAUUAAAAGAUAAGAGCAAAAAUUUUAGGGUAAACACUAUUUAUCCUUUACUCAAGUGGAAAAUAAAUCACCUAAAUGAUUCUUACAUACCUCUAAAUAUUAGUUGUUGGCCAUGUGAAGACAAUGAAAGUACCCUAUUAAAUUUAGAAAUUGAAAACAAAAGGAAAAACAUAGAUGAAGUUAUAUACGAUUUGAAUGUUAAUUUAAUGUGUCCUUCAUCUAGUAAACCACAAAUUAUGAGUAAAGACAAAGGAAUUAUUGAACAUGAUGGAAUUCUAUUAGCAUGGAAAGUAGAUGCAUUGAAAAGUAAUCAAAAUUGUCAAAUAGAAAUAUCCAUUCAGUCUAAACCAGAAAGUGUUUUCCCCUUUUCUGUUGAGGCAAAGUCGAAUAUAUUGGCACAUAAAUUAAGCGUUUUAAAGGUCUAUGAUGAGGAUACAAAUGAGGAUAUUGAAUACGAAAUUAAGAAGAACAUUACUUAUCUUUUCACAAUUAACAAAUAG